AUGCUAAAAGAGGAACGUUCAAAGCUGAAAUAUCCAAAUUACUGGGACAAAGAUCCCAGCAACUGGGGAGACGUAAAUGAAUGGGAUAAUUAUUGGAUUGAGAAUCAACCACGUUCAGCGUUAAUUACCAAGCAAAAAUCACAUACGGCCUUAGCUGAGGAACUGAAGCGCUUGAAUCAAAUAUACACGGGAAUACAUCCUGCUUGUGAAAUAAUCUCUGGAUUGCAGAGCGAACUAAAGGAAAGUAUAUAUGUUGAGAAGGUUUUUCAGUAUGUAAAACCGACGGGUAGCACAAAGAAGGGAAGGCAAGCUGGCCUCCAGAUAGCACGACGAGGAUUUCAAGUAUACGCUGACAAGGAGUUUGAUUCAGUGGAACGAGAACGAAAAAGAAAUGAACAUAACAAAGCACAAACUUCCGAAUAUAAAGUUCAUCCGUCAAAUGUUUCCAUGUCCCCUGGGCGUGAAUCGUUGAACUACUCCGAAUCAUCCCAGUCAAAAAGAGAUCGGGAAAAGGAUUUGAAUAACGAGAUUGACUACUUCUUUCAAAGUCCCCCCGAACAAAAAUCAACCAAUAAUCCAAUUAAGAAAUGGCGGAGAUCAGAAAUCAUAAGCAAUGAACGAGGCAUUUCCAAUGAAGCAGACAACGAGAAGGACAAGGAUGAGUCUGAAGCCACUUUUAUAUCCGAAGAAAAUGAUGAUUCGGGAUUUUUCUCCUUAGGUCAACCCGCAAGUGAUACCGAAGGUCAGAGCCCUCCACCGCUAUUAGAGACAGAAAAACAUGAACUUCCUUAUUGCCUCAAUUGUUACGCAGAGAUCAGUAACUUUAGCUCAAUCAUAUUUUGUCCGUACUGCGGAACAAAGAUUGUAUCGUCUGAGGAUGAAUCUGAUACGGAUGAGGAAAAUGAUACAGACAAUUCGAAGUUACGGUUGAGCACAGACACAAUAGUGGAGGACGUUCUCUUCGAAUUUGCCAAGGACAUGGACUAUGAACAUCAUGCUCAUUCCUAUAUCAUUGAUUAUGAUGAUGAAGAGAUUAAAGCACUUUUCAGCGAUGUAGAAUGGGAAGAGUUGACACAAGACCGAAUUGGCAUUCCAUCUAUUCCACGUGAUAUCGCAAAGGAGCUGUCAAGAUAUGGAAAAGAUAAUUUAGAAGACUUACGUACAGCUGUAAUGACAUCGUAUCUCAAUGAUGAUGAAAAGUAUGAUGACCGUAAACAUCACAACCAAGAAUGGAUUCAAUUAGCCAUUCGGAUACUUGUAAAUCUGUAUAAAAACGUAAAUUCCCCUCUAACAAGAACACAAUACGAAAAUUGGUUCACAGUUGCACUAUUUGGAACGUGUAUUGAUUUCUUUAUUAGAGACCAUCAAUUGGGAACCGACAUCAAAAGAACUGAUGCACCGUCAUUAAGUAGUGCUAACAGGAAGAAUCGUGGACGGAAAGUGAAUACACGGACAAGAAAGCUCACAGGUCGUAAAAUCGACGGGAUUAUAUAUUCCGUUGAAAAACUUCUUGAAUUUGGGGCAAUUGAGAGUGCAAGAUCUUUUCAAGGACAUUCAGAUCAGAAGUUCCUUCUUGAAAAUUUUAAAAUGCCUAAGACACUCCGUGACAUGUAUUCGGAAUUGAUAAGGGCUGUAAAUUUUGACGAACAGAAAUCAGAAAAAAUACAAGUCUUUGGCAUUUUACAUUUUGGACUGUGGAUUCAAUUCACAAGGUUAUGGCGUGCUGGUGGUUCAGUUUGCAUUUUUCGUAAAGAUUUCCCAUCUUAUAAUGUAGAUAGUACGUUUUCAGAAGAUGGGAUAAUGUCCUUUUUAAAGCUUCUAGUAUCAAUUUAUCAGCGCAAGUCAGCAAAUGGGUUGGAAAAUGAAUUAAUGGAAGUUGGCCGAAGUUCAUCAUGCUCAGUUUCUUCACCACCACGCUCGAUUAAAUUUUUUUCUGAUUGUUUCAAGACCCCAAGGAAACCAAGGAAAAAAAUUCCGUAA